AUGCUCCUCUUCAUCGUCACUUGUCUCACUUAUCAGCAGUCUAUAAAAGAAGAGACCAAACCGCACACUUUCCCAUUAUUUCAACAGAAGGCGAUGCACCUACUCAAUGUGGCGUUAUUGGCUUUAGGUGAGUGUCUUCAUGGUUUCCAUGAUUAAGAUAAGCUUCUCCGUUUUCAGCCGUCUCUCGAACGUCCUCAGUGACCGACAGAUCAUGCGGAAACGAUCUCACCCGUCUCUGGCUGGACAUUGUCUUCGUGGUGGACAACUCGAAGAACAUGAAUCUCUACGGAGUUUACAACUCGAUUUCAAAUCUGUUCAGUCCUUACGUGCAAAUCGGAACUGGAUACGAUGAUCCGAGGAGUACGAGGGUCGGAUUCAUAACGUACAACUGGAAUGCGACUGAUGUAAGGCAAAAAAUUGUUCACAAUUGUACUAAUGUAAUGUAAAAACCGUUUUAGGUUGCCGAUUUCUACAAGUUACAAUCCUGGACUGACCUGAACAGCCAGAUCCAGGCACUUAGUGUAUCUCCCCUUUCUCAUUCGGAUUACAGUUACACUGAUACUGGAAUCAAUGCAGCCAUUCGAAUGGUGAAUGCAACCGGAGGAUUGAGAGACAAUUACAAGAAGGUCGUGGUCUUGUUCACUUCCCAAUACGAGUAAGUCACAUUUGAGUCGAGCGCUUUGCAUUUUAUAUUUUUAGUUAUUACUACGACUAUCCGGCAGACCUCUCCACGUACCUCAAGUCCACCGGAGUGACCAUUAUAACUGUGAAUACUGGCGGAGACGAUAAUGUGCAGGACAACUUGAAGACGAAGAUUGCGAGCAAGGGAAUGGCAUUCCGGAUGUCCGACGGGAACACGACUUUGGAAUUACAGAGAGCAUUGCUGAACAGUAAGCAUGUCAUGGGUACUCUUUGUUCUAAUUUGUAAUUGCAGUCAACUGCUUCUGUCGUCCCGACUGGCAGCAAUAUCACUACCCGCUGUCCAACAAGGAUGUGUACUCCAACUACGGAGUCUGCAUUUACCGUCCCUCGUUCGCCAAGAAUCGUUCGACGCACGCACUUUCUGCCACAGUUUGACAGCUACUAGUUAUCUUGUCAGUGAAUUGGAUCAGCAAAAGAGAGCCUUCAACUGGGGUGAGCUCUUUCCGUUCGUCUCCAUCCUCUGAUCCAUACUUUUGCAGAUUACCUCAAUGAGAAGGCAAGCAACCGAACAAACGCAUUCUACAACGGUCUCACCUAUCUGAACGGCAGCUGGUUCUGGGAUCAGCCGGACGGAAUGCCGCUCUGGCCGUUGAAUCCCAAUUCCGGAGCUGCUCCCCCUCGAUCCGGUUGCGUGGCGGACAUGAAAUAUUCGGAUGAUACUAUCGAUUGGACGCCCAUCAGUUGCGCGAAUCUCUUCCGAUUCCUUUGCGAAUCUGUUGCUUGUGAUACGGAUAAUUAUUGCGAUUUUUAAGUUGUUUGUAAACAAAGAUAAUAAAGAAGCACAAUUUUCUAAAUGACUCCGUUCGUUAGUUCCGUUUCCGGCGAACUUUGAAAUACACUUGAACAUCUGAACUCGCAUUUCCUUUUCUCAUAAACAUCAGAACGCAAUAUCAUUUUCUAGAAAAACAUCCAGUAGAAGCUUCUAGAAAUCGUCGCGCCGCUUCUGGAUCGUUCUGUGCCUCUCCGGAGUAGACACACUUUCUCGACGCCGUCGUUUUCGCGUACAAGUAUCAUUCAGCCCUCUGGCUCCGCCCACUUCUUCACCUUAAGUUCGCAGAAAAGAAAGAAGACGUUGCCAUCAUCAGCGGUCGCCCCGACAUCUCGACACGCCAAUUCCAAAUGCUUUUCCUCUUAUUCGCUUUUCUUCUCUCAUGGCAGCCGUUCAGGGUCAGGUAGGUUAAAUCAACGGGAAGCGGAAGCGCUUUUGGACACAGAAUACCAGAAGAUUCCAGUUGAAUCUGGUUGAAAGUAGGAGAAAGCAGUCACAAGUGGUGGUCAAGUGCUGUGAAACUGUUUGUAGUGGUUAGAUGGGUAGGCAGAAAUCAGGAAAUAUGAAUGCUCAAAAGAUUUCCGAUCUUUUGAACUGAACAGGAAUUGUUCAAUCACCUUCUUUUCCACUUUCAUUCAUUUUCAAAAUAGAACUGUGUACGCUGAUCCUCCACUCGCGAACAACCUUCUUUUCAUUUCCCCCCAUAACCGUUUGCCUUCCAAUUCCAUUACAGUCCCAUUCGGCCUGUCUCCUCUCCCACCGGAACCCGUCCAUUAUUCAGGGUUAGGUCAAAAGUCAUGCGGUCUGUCUUUCGUGUCAUCGAAGAGUCAUCGUUUUCCUUCUUCAAAACGGGCCACGCGUUCGCCAUAAAAAUCUCGAACGCGCCGUCGUUUUGAGAAGGGGCGAGACCGUUAAACCCUCGUUUUCUCCCGAUUUUGUCCACUAACUGUGUCUGUGAUAAUUGCAACCAAAAGACGGGAGACAGCGGUUUUGCACGUUUUUUUUGUCUUCUGUAGUCGUCCGUUAAAUGGAGGGCCACUUGAAACCAAAGGUCGAAAUGGUUCAUGUGGGGGAGGAAGAAGUAUGAGGACGGGGAGGAGGGCAUAUUGUAAACCGUUUCGGACACUCAUUCAAACUGAAUAAAGUGAAUGGAGAGGACAAGAGAGGGAGAGACUGCUUCCUGGUUCAAACUUUGACGUUUUCGUGUUGAGCCAACCUUUUCUAUCACCAUUUUUUGUGUAGGUUAUCAUAGAUUUCGCAUCGCCACAGCCAAAAAGUGCAACCUUGAUGACAAGAAAGAUCUCAUCUUCAAAGACAGUCGCACAAAGUUUUUACAGUCACACACAGACAGUACUUGCUGUUUUCUGGUAGAAAAGCUUCAGAAACAGAGACCAUCGGAACACUCGCCACCCGCAUUGUUACACUUUCCUUUCUCAAAACGACUUCACUCAAAUUGUAACCCUUUUCGACAGUUUGAAACGCUCCCUGUUUCGAUUCUUCCAUUCUUCCUUCGCAAUUGUUUCGCGCAUGUUUCAACCUAGAAAGUUGGCGGCGCAAAAACGAAACGAAACGGAUCAUUUGCCUCGUUCCUGGCAACCCUAAAAAACAGAAAGGGAUGGGGAGGAAAGGGGUGGUCAAGGGACGAAAACAAACACAUUCCCAAUUGACCAUCGAAAAAGUGUUGAAAUUGCAGAGGCGCGUGCACUUUUUUGGAUCACCAAGCAUGUGACGAGGUCUGCAAAACUGACAACUUCUGGUACGGACACUGCAUGGGCUGGGACGGCUUCAACUUCAGGUACCCGAACACUUCGCGUUCUAACUGAUUUCUGUGAUUGCAGCUGUAAGUGCUACGAGUAUGAGCUCCCGCUGGACGGCUCCAUCUGUGAGCCGCGACAAUUGGCGUGCUCGGAGAAGUGCAAAGACCAGGGCUCGGAGGGCGGCUUCUGUUUCCCCCAGUUGGACUCUCGCAAGCAACUCCGGACCGCCUGCGAAUGCUUCAAAAUGCUGCAGGUUCUGCGGAGAAAACGGAGAAGCGUCGAUUUGGAGAAGAAGAGAAAGUACAUACGUGUAUAA